UUCUCCAGCGACGACCUUUUAAAGACCAGCUUUUUCUUCUCCAUUACGGCAUCACACACCUCUAUAUAUAUAUAUAUAUAUAUAUAUAUCACCACUUAUUUAUUCUCUCUCCCUCUCUCACAGCAUUUUCUCUGAGAUAUACUUUUCUCGAUCUUUGUGUAGAAAGUUUUGAUUGUUCGUUGACCCUCCAAGAUUUUCGGACCAAACUAGUUUUGUCUGUUUUUUAUUCAAAGAGAUGGAAAAGGGAUUCCUAAAGCCGUCGUUUUCGAUCGGAAAGCUAUCUUCUCUGGCGCCGGAGAAGAUUCUGGAGCCGUCUGUUCACUCGGAAGAAGAGGUUUUAGAGGAUGGAGAAGAGAUCGACGGUGGAGUGAGACUUAUGUAUCUGUCCAAUGAAGGUGACAUUGAAGGGAUCAAGGAGCUUCUUGAUUCAGGGAUCGAUGCUAACUACAGAGACAUUGAUGAUCGUACUGCUCUCCACGUGGCGGCUUGUCAGGGACUCAAAGAUGUCGUCGAGCUACUUCUUGAUCGGGAAGCUGAAGUUGAUCCUAAAGAUCGAUGGGGAAGCACGCCUCUUGCAGAUGCGAUAUUCUACAAGAACAUUGAUGUAAUCAAGAUUCUUGAGAUUCAUGGAGCUAAACAUCCGAUGGCUCCAAUGCACGUGGAAACUGCUAAUGAAGUCCCUGAAUAUGAAAUCAAUCCUGAUGAACUUGAUUUCACUCAAAGCAAAGAGAUAUCAAACGGAACUUAUUGUAUGGCAAUGUGGCGUGGCAUUCAAGUUGCGGUGAAAAAGCUGGAUGAUGAAGUUUUAAGCGAUGAGGAACAAGUGAGGAAAUUUCACGAUGAGCUUGCAUUGCUCCAAAGGCUUAGGCAUCCAAACAUUGUUCAGUUUCUUGGUGCUGUAACUCAAAGUAAUCCAAUGAUGAUUGUUACUGAAUAUUUACGUAGGGGGGAUUUGCGUGAAUUGCUCAACAGAAAAGGGCAUUUAAAACCAGCUACUGCCGUUAGAUAUGCCCUUGAUAUUGCAAGGGGAAUGAGUUAUCUUCAUGAGAUCAAAGGAGACCCUAUAAUCCACAGAGAUCUUGAACCUUCAAACAUAUUGCGGGAUGAUACAGGGCAUCUGAAAGUUGCAGACUUUGCAGUAAGCAAGCUUGUUACUGUUAAAGAAGACAAGCCUUUGACAUUUCUAGACACUUCUUGUCGAUAUAUUGCUCCCGAGGUUUUCACCAGCGAAGAAUACGACACCAAAGCUGAUGUUUUCUCCUUUGCAUUGAUCGUUCAAGAGAUGAUCGAAGGAAGAAUACCCUUUGCGGAAAAGGAAGACAGUGAAGCUUCAGAAGCUUAUGCAUGCAAAGAGCGUCCAUCUUUCAAAGCUCCAUCCAAGCAUUACCCUCAUGGACUUAAAUCAUUGAUAGAAGAAUGCUGGUCAGAUAAACCGGCCAAGCGACCGACUUUUAGAGCGAUCAUUAAACGGCUUGAGUCCAUUCUUCACCAUAUGGGUCACAAGCGACAAUGGAGGAUGAAGCCAUUGACAUGCUUUCAGAAGUUCGAGCACAAGAAGAAACAUAAUUCGGAUGUUAGCAGCCCUGAUGGCUCAUCAUCGGGUUCACAUUUGUGAUUCUUUAACGGUUGAAAAUGAUUCUUGUAUUCUUUCCGGUUAGUUUGGCUUUCCUAUAAACAACCGAAAUUUUACUUUGUAAUUUUGUUUUACUUUGAUGAAAGUCUUAGUGUGAACAGAAGUUGCAUUUCAUUUUAGUAUGAAGUUGUAACGAAUUGUUUCAAUCGAGUUUUUUUCUCAAAAUGUUCUUUACUUUC